AUGAAGUUCUUUGCCACCAUUACUGCUCUCGUUGCAGCAGCUGUUGCUGCUCCAGUCGCAGAUGCUGAGGUUGAGGCCAGCAGCCCUAUGCUGAUUGAGCGCGCCGGCCCCGGCGGCAUCAACUACGUUCAGAACUACAACGGCAAUUUGGGCCAGUUCACCUACAACGAGAACGCCGGCACCUACUCCAUGUACUGGACCAACGGCGUCAGCGGCGACUUCGUCGUUGGUCUUGGUUGGUCGACUGGUGCUGCCCGCUCCAUCACCUACUCGUCCUCCUACACCGCCAGCGGAGGCUCCUACCUCUCCGUCUACGGCUGGAUCAACAGCCCUCAAGCCGAGUACUACAUCGUCGAGUCCUACGGCUCUUACAACCCUUGCGGCGCCGGCCAGUCCGGAGUCACUCAACUCGGUACCGUUGUCAGCGAUGGCGCCACCUACACCGUCUGCACUGACGAGCGUGUCAACGAGCCUUCCAUCACUGGCACUUCUACCUUCAAGCAGUACUGGUCUGUUCGUCAGACCAAGCGUACUUCCGGCACGGUCACUACUGGCAACCACUUUGCUUACUGGGCCAAGUAUGGCUUUGGCAACUCUUACAACUUCCAGGUCAUGGCUGUUGAGGCUUUCUCUGGUACUGGCAGUGCCAGCGUUACCGUCUCUUAG